AUUAAUUACAUCUCCUCGUUCCUGCUAAACGUCCGUCUGAGACUUUUUUUUUUCCCUUUCUCCAAGUAAUAGUGAGCCUUUCUGUUUGUACCAAGCUCUGUGCAACAUCGACAACAAAACCCAAAGUUCCUCGUAGUGAAGUCUCUAGAUCCUUCCAAAGAUAAUUAGUUUUAUAUAUCCAUCCCAUAUUUCUGGAUUCUUCCACCUCCCGCCCGAACCCUCCAGAGCAGCCCCUCCCACCCAAUUGCUUCUUUUAAGCUUUCUCUUCCAUUAUCCUCAUAUCUCUCUCAAUCCCUAAGACACCCUCGUCUUGAUUUUUCCAUCAAUGGCCAAGUACGGCGAAGGCGGCAAGCGAUGGAUCGUGGAGGAAAGACCUGACGGUGCUAAUGUCCACAACUGGCACUGGGCUGAAACCGAUUGCCUCCCUUGGUCUAAAACGUUCUUCACCAAAUCGCUUUCCGAUCUCACCAUCCUUGAUUGCCAAGGUAUUCUCAGCAUCAAGACCAAGAAGGUCGAAAAGGUCGAUGGCGAAGCCUAUGUUAAUGUUCGCAAGGGUAAAAUCAUUCCCGGAUAUGAAAUCAGUUUGAGUUUAUCCUGGGAAGGCGAAGCCAAAGAUGGGGAAGGGAAGACGCUGUUGAAAGCUGAAGGUAAUCUCGAGAUUCCGUACAUUUCGGAUGAGAAUGCUGGCGAGGAUCCGGAAGUUAAGGUGACGACUAAAGACGAAGGACCCAUUGGUAAAGCCUUGAAGGAAGCGAUGCUGGCCAAUGGGAAGCCUUUGGUUUUGGAGAAAGUGAGUGAUUUUGUAAAAGCUAUGGCGAAAGGUGGUCCCGUUAAAGAUGAAUUGGAAGCCAAGAAAUCGGCUCCGAAAAAUACAACUACUACUACUAGUAAUAGUAACUCAGCUGCGAUGUCUAAGGAGAAAGUUGGGGUGGAGAAGGAAGCCAAAAAAGAAGUGAAGAAGGAAGGGAAGAAAGGGUUUAAGACGAUUACAAUGUCGGAGAAAUUUAAUUGUAGAGCUAAGGAUAUGUACGAGAUUUUGAUGGAUGAGAAUAGAUGGAAAGGGUUUAGUCAGAGUAAUGCUAGGAUAAGUAAAGAAGUCGGUGGCCAAUUUAGUAUUUUCGAUGGAUCGGUUACUGGAAUUAACUUGGAGUUGGAAGAAGGGAAAUUGAUUGCUCAGAGAUGGAGAUUUGGGAGUUGGUCCGACGGGAUUGAUUCUACAGUAAGACUUGUUUUCAAUGAGCCUGAGCCUGGGGUUACUGUAAUCAAUCUCACGCAUUCAGAUGUUCCCGAGGAGGACAGAUAUGGGAAUGCAACUGUGGUGGAGAACACUGAGAGAGGUUGGAGAGACCUUAUUUUCAAUAAGAUACGGGCAGUAUUUGGUUUUGGAAUAUGAUUAAUUUUAUUCCGAAACGAGGAAGUCUUUGGGUUUGAAUUAUUGGAACUUCAUGAAGACUUAUUCUUUCAACUAUUUUCUUGUGAAAGAUUUAUAAGACUUUGCAAGUCUGAUCUUGGUCUGCUGGUUCAUGGUUUUAAAGUUGAAACUUGGACUGUGUCUCUGUUGUCUUGUUUGCCAAUAUCCAAACUAUCCCUUUAGACUUAUAAUAAUGACAAUGAUGAAAAUGUUGCCUUCCAGAAACUUAAAGUAUGUCGGGGCGGAUAGUGUCUCCUUGAGGAUGUAUAUCCUUUGUGUACAUAUUAAUGUUAUGAUGUUACUUAAGGGCGAAA